AUGAGCAAUUCCGAUGAAGAAUUUAGGCUGAGAAGAGGGCCAUGGACUGUUGAAGAAGACACCCUUCUGAUCCAUUACAUUAACUGUAAUGGCGAAGGCCGAUGGAACUUGCUAGCAAAAUGUGCAGGACUAAAGAGAACUGGAAAAAGUUGUAGACUGAGAUGGUUAAAUUACUUAAAACCGGACAUUAAGCGCGGAAACCUUACCCCAAAAGAACAGCUCUUGAUCCUUGAACUCCAUUCCAAAUGGGGUAACAGGUGGUCAAAAAUUGCACAGAAUCUUCCAGGAAGAACAGACAACGAAAUCAAGAACUAUUGGAGAACAAGGGUCCAAAAACAAGCCCGCCAACUUAAUAUUGAUUCUAAUAGCAAGAAGUUCCUCGAAGCGAUUCGGUGUUUUUGGAUGCCCAGAUUGCUUGAAAAGAUUGAGCAAAGUUCAUCACUACCAUCAUCUUCCUCUUCCUCUUCAAUCUCAACCAUGGAACCUCAAAACUCUACCAGUCCUCCUCAAGAAACCAACAAUGUUCCUAUCAAGCUGAACAAUAUCAAUCCUCUAAAUGAACAGUCUUGCCCAAGCAUUUAUUCGCCUGACCUUCCACAAACCCUGAAGUGGCAGGAGUCUCAUGCACAGGACAGUCCUUUUUAUUCCAUGAAAAUUUCACAGCAGCCUGAAAUUUUAGAAAAAUCAGCAAGUUUUUAUCAGGGGUUUGCCCAAACUGACUACAAAAACUCAAUCCUAGAUGAUUGUUAUCAUGUUGAUAUUAGCAACUUUGAUAUGGAAGGUUUCAACCAGAGAGCUAUGUCAGAAGAAGGGUCUGAUGAAUUUUUGCUUUCAGAAACCCAGAUUGCUGUGGGUGAUUGGAUCAAUGAUGACAUGGAAGCUACAUUCUGGAACAUGGAUGAAUUGUGGCAGUUUAAGAAGACAGAGGAGGUGGUAGAGAAGCGGCCCAAGCAGGGAAUUUUGAACCCUCUACCUCCAACCUUCCAAUGA